AUGGCGUCAGAUUCACCGGAUCAGAAUCUCACUCAGUACUUCAGUCUCUGCAAUGACUUCAUACACGCGGCGAGACUGAGAGAAGGGAAUGUUUUGAUACAUUGGUAUAUAAAAAUGGUACGAACUUACAAAAAGAAAAGUUCUAGAGGCAGUUGGUCUGUAGAAAACAUGAAACACGCAAUUGAUGCAGUUUUAAGCAAAUCAGCAGGUUACAGAAAAGCAGCUCAAAUGCAUGGUGUUCCACAAACAACAUUGGAGCGUCACGUCGCAAAAAUAAGGAAGGGCGAGGUAUCCUUAACUCGACUCCAGGUAACUUUAAGCCUGUAUUUUCCAAACAAGAAGAAGAAGAGCUAG